CAAUUGUUCAACUGUCAAGCUCUACGAAAACUAAGUAUUCCUGAUAAUGACCUUUCAAAUCUGCCAACCACUAUUGCUAGUUUAGUUAACCUUAAAGAACUCGACAUCAGCAAAAAUGGUGUACAAGAAUUUCCAGAGAACAUAAAGUGCUGUAAGUGUUUAACAAUUAUUGAAGCCAGUGUCAAUCCCAUUUCUAAACUCCCUGAUGGUUUCACACAGCUUCUAAAUCUGACCCAGCUGUACCUGAACGACGCCUUUCUUGAAUUUCUCCCAGCCAAUUUUGGAAGACUUGUUAAAUUGCGGAUCUUGGAGCUAAGAGAAAAUCACUUGAAAACUCUACCAAACAUCUGAAGAUCCAGAGUGUGCCCCUUGCUCAAUCGCCUGAGACUAUACAGUGACACCUACAAGAGAGGAUGUGGAGGCAGCAGCUUUUCGGGCACCAGAAAUGGCAGCGUCAGGAGCAUCAGCACGAAUAGACUUUGUAGAGGUAGUUCUCGCAAACUAUAUUAUGAAACCAAACAUUUUUGGUGUGCUACCUGAUGAUGGGGGCUGCCUUCCUACUGCCUAGAGUAUACAAAAUGUUUGGUCUGUGUUAAAGUUUAAGAAUGACAUUUCUGAUCAAUAUAGAGACCUAUUUUUCCCCAAGUGUGUUCAGUUGCCAUGACAUUCAAUGAAUAUGAAAUUUUAUCAGUCUCAGAAAAAUAUUAAUACCCAUAUUUUUAUCAAAUUUAUUUUACUAUUUUUUAUAUUAAAGCUGCUGUUGCAUAUAAUUUUUGUAUAAGUAUUUUUUAAAUAGAUCAAAAUAAGCUAUCUUUUAAAAGUCAUUGUAAUGGAGUAAAUAAGAGAAUCUUUCUAAUCGGUUAAAUUCUUCAGAGACUGAAAAUUAUUGCCCAGUUUUUCAAUCAAACUCCCUGAUGAUGUACCAUUGUGAACUUAUUUUGCAAAGUGAAAGAUUAUUCCCAGAAGGCUCCAAGUCAAAAUAUGAAAUGCUGGUGACUGAUUGGUUUAUGUAUCUUCUCAUCUUAUGUAAUUUAAUGUGAAACAGUGAUUUUGUAGCUACAAAACACAUUUGUUAAUUAACCACACUGGUUCUAUUUGUACAGUUCAAUGGUUUGUAGCAUUUCAAUUUGUAUGUAAAAUGAGUCUCUGUAAUGAUGCUUUUGCAAAAUAAGUGACAAUCAACAUAAUGGGUGCAUUUACUUUUAACAUUUUAUACACAUGACUUAGAAGUAGAAUAUAUUUUGUAUUGAAAUUUUGAAAAGCUUGAAAUUCAACAUACAGAAUUCAUCAUCUUGUUGAUGCCUAAUGCAGUAAAGCAUAUUCAUCCAUCACCCCAUCUUAACUUCUAAUUGGCAAAAUACAGGGCAAAAUACAAAAAAAAAUUAUAACAGUUUUAUUAGAGCUAUUGUUUUUUGAAGAUUCUUUUUAUAAAACAGAUAAUGAGCAGGAUACAUUGAGCUUAUAGCUUUUCCUAUUUUUUUUUAUUUAUUUGUUUCUAUUUUACUACGGUAAUAACAAACUGACAUUUAUGCAAAACCUAUGCUAUGGAGCCAAAGUAUACUUUUCUGAAUAUUUCUGUUUUGUUUUAUGCAUUUUG